AUGGCGCCAUCAGCUACCCAGGACCGUGCCAAUGGCACCUUUGCAGGCUCAUCGGUACCCGCCGCCGACAUCACCAUCACAGGCUUCGAAGCUCAUGACCUCAGAUUCCCAACCAGCUUAGACCUCUCCGGCUCCGAUGCCAUGAACCCAGGCCCCAACUACAGUGCCGCCUACCUCAUCCUCAAGACCAACACCGACCUCUCCGGCCACGGGUUCGCCUUCACCAUCGGCCGCGGCAACAACCUAUGCACAACUGCUGCCGAGAUGAUUGCCGAGCGCCUCGUCGGCCGCUCCCUCUCCUCCCUCAUCUCUAGCAUGGGCGACACGUGGAGGCACCUGGUCUCAGACUCGCAGCUGCGCUGGGUCGGCCCUGAGAAAGGCGUCGUCCACCUAGGCCUCAGUGCGGUGGUCAACGCACUGUGGGAUCUGUGGGGCAGGUAUGCCAACAAGCCCGUGUGGCGCCUGGUCGCAGACAUGACUCCCGAGGAGUUCGUCGACUGCAUCGACUUCCGGUACAUUGUCGAUGCGAUUACGCCGGAGGAGGGGUUGGCGCUGCUGAAGGAGCAGGCGGGGUCCAAGUCCGCCAGGCUAGAGGAGGCGAAAGUGAGUAAGGCAGUGCCGGCGUAUACGACGCAGGCGGGCUGGCUGGGGUUUACGGACGAGAAGAUGGUGCAGCUGAUGAAAUCGAACCUGGCGGAGGGGAUGGACAAAUUCAAGUUCAAGGUCGGCAGCAGUCUGGCGGACGACAAGCGGAGGCUGAAGCUCGCGCGCGAGACCAUUGGCUAUGAGCGGAUGCUGAUGGUAGACGCUAAUCAGGUUUGGAGCGUGCCCGAGGCUAUCGACUAUAUGCUCGAGCUGGUUGAGUACAAGCCUGUAUUCAUCGAGGAGCCUACCUCGCCCGACGACAUCCUAGGCCACGCCGCGAUCCGCAAGGCCCUGAAGCCCCACGGCAUCGGCGUCGCCACCGGCGAGCAUUGCCAGAACAGAAUCAUGUUCAAGCAGCUCCUCCAAGCCGGCUCGAUCGAUUACUGCCAAGUUGACGCCUGCAGGCUGGGGGGCGUUAAUGAAGUCCUGGCCGUCCUGUUGCUGGCCAAGAAGUUCAAUGUUCCCGUCGUGCCCCAUAGUGGUGGCGUCGGCCUAAACGAGUACACGCAGCACCUGGCGCUGAUCAAUUACCUGUGCGUGUCGGGGGAGAAGAGCCUCCUUGAGCAUAUCAACUCGUUCCGAGAAGUCUUGACCCAACCCGUGCAGACAAAGGACGGGCACUUUGUCACACCAUACGAGGCAGGCUACAGCGUCGAGUACAAACCCGAGGCUAUUGCACAGUACGAGUACCCAUCUGGUACAUUCUGGACGAGUGAACAGGGGCAGGCAAUCAUCAACGGGCCCAAGCUGUAA